AAUAAUAACAUAAUGGCAGAUAAAUUGUUGUUUGGAUAUUGGGGAAUCAGAGGACUUGGUUAAUCAUGUACGAAUUCAUAUUUAUUUUAGUGAGAUACUAUUUGGAAUACCUUGGUUUACCAUAUGAAGAAAAAAGAUACGUGAAACCAGAAGAAUGGUUUGGAGAAGUCGCUUAAGCUCCACUCAAUAACGAAGUUCUUGUCAACUUGCCUUACAUUAAGGAUGGAGACAAGUGGGUUUUCGAAAGUGGUGCCCUCUAUGUUUAUUUGGCACACAAAGCCAAUAGAGCUGAUUUACUAGGAUCCACUCCAGAUGAACAAGUGACUCUUGCUUAGACUAAGGGAGUACUCUAAGAUUUAUUGAAAUCCUUUUUCACAUUAAUCACCUUCUCAGAAGAACAAUAUGCUGCAAAGAAAGAGGAAUUCUUCAAGACCGACAUUCUUUGGCUUAUUGAAAAAUUGAAUGCUUUCUUGGGAGGCAAAUAAUGGGCAGCCGGAAACAAUCUGACCUAUGUCGAUUUCCAACUUUUUGAAAUUGAAGAAACCUUAAAAGCAUUCAACAUUGAUGUGUUCAACUCAUAGGCAAACCUUAAGAAACAUCAUGAUGAAUUCUCCAAUAUCGCUUAGCUUAAGGCUUACUUGGGCUCAGAAAAGUUCAUUGCAGGACCAUUUUAUCCACCAGGAGCCUUCAGAUGGGGUUGAUUAUUAUAAAUAACAAUUAUAAAGACAUUGAUAUCAAUAUUGCUCCC